CUCUAACCUCCGCGGCGGCGCUCGUCUGCUCCGCGUCCUCCGGGACGGUGUUUACGACAUCGCGGCGCGGUUGACGGGACCCCCGCUCCCACUCUCCGCUCACCUACCCCCGGCGAGGCGGCGCCUUUGCGACUGUCCGGCCCAGAACGUGCCCCCCCCCCCCCCCCCCCCCCCGCAAUGGCACCAUGCCGCUGGCCGUGAGCUGGCCCUUCCCUGCUGGCCCCCCGCUGCCCUGGGCCCUGGCCAGCCGCCUCAUCACCGGCCUCGUGGGCACCUACAGCUGCAUCUGGACCCGGUACCUGAACCGCCUGCGGGUGCACAAUGCCGAGGUGCUGCACGAGCUGCUGGAGCGCCGCGGCCCCGCCACCCCCUUGCUCACCCUUGCCAACCACCGUUCCUGCAUGGAUGACCCACACCUCUGGGGGAUCCUGAAGCUGCGGCACGUCUGGAGCCUGCACAAGAUGCGCUGGACCCCUGCGGCCGCCGACAUCUGCUUCACCCGCGAGCUGCAUUCCCGCUUCUUCAGCCUGGGCCGCUGUGUCCCCGUCUGCCGAGGGGACGGCGUCUACCAGCGGGGGAUGGACUUCAUCCUGGAGAAGCUCAACCAGGGCGACUGGGUGCACGUCUUCCCCGAGGGCAAAGUGACCGUGGGGCAGGAGUUCGUGCGCUUCAAGUGGGGCAUCGGGCGCCUCCUGGCCGAGUGCCGCCUCGACCCCGUCAUCCUGCCCCUGUGGCACGGGGGCAUGAACGAUGUGCUGCCCAAUGCGCCCCCCUACGUGCCCCGUGUGGGGCAGCGCAUCACGGUGGUUGUGGGGCGCCCCUUCAGCGUCCGCCCCCUGCUGCAGCGCCUCCGCGCCGAGGGCACCUCAGCGAUGGAGAUGCGCAAGGCACUGACGGACUUUGUGCAGAGGGAGUUUGAGGCACUGCGGGCCCAGGCCCAGGCCCUGCACCUGGCCCCAUAGCACCGGGGGGGCACCCCAAGGCGAUGUUGGCCCCCCCCUCCGCUGGCCCCACACCCGGCCGGCAGCACGUGGGGUGCUCCGCGGAGGGACGCUGCUGCUCCGUGGUGAUGCCAGCUGCCCCGGGGGGCAGCCAGGGCUCUCCCUACCCCCCAAUAAAGCUACUGCAGACACGG